AAUCAAAAAUCUCCAUGAAAUAUUACUCUCUAAAAACACUUUCUUGAUCACUUCUUCACCCAAGAUUUCCACUUCACAGGCACUUCCUCAAUUUUUCUCUCCAUCACCAACAAACAAUCCUCUUCACAAAAACAUGAUAGUAAUCCACAAACUUUGAUCAAAAUCAACAAUCCUCCAUUAACAUGACACUGUUUUCCUCUGAGUUUCUCCCACACACAGUCCCCACCACCACACAAAAACCAAAACCAGCUUCAAAUUCAUUUCACAGCACUGUAAUCAGCUGCAUAAAACCUAAACUUAAUGACACUAAUCCAAGAAACCAACAAAAACUGAAUCUUUCAUCCGAAACAAAACAACCCCAUGUCUUAUCUUUUAAUUGCAAAGAGGCCCAUCUCAUGAAAUUACUUAACAGAUCCUAUAAAUCAGGAAAAUAUAAUGAAUCACUCUACUUUCUUGAAUGCAUGGUUGACCAGGGUUACACCCCUGAUGUAAUUCUGUGUACUAAGCUUAUUAAAGGCUUUUUUGGUUCAAGAAAUAUAGAUAAGGCUGUAAAAGUUAUGGAUAUUCUUGAGAAGUUUGGUAAGCCUGAUGUUUUUGCUUAUAAUGCAUUGAUUAGUGGGUUUAUUAAGGUGAAUCAGUUUGAUAAUGCUAAUAGAGUUCUUGACAGGAUGAAAAGUAGAGGCUUUAUGCCUGAUGUUGUUACUUAUAAUAUUAUGAUUGGGAGCUUUUGUAGUAGGGGUAAGCUUGAUUUGGCUUUGAGUGUUUUUGAGGAGUUGUUGAAGGAUAAUUGUAAGCCUACUGUGAUUACGUAUACGAUUUUGAUCGAGGCUGCGAUUCUUAAUGGCGGAAUUGAUGAAGGUAUGAGGCUUUUGGAUGAGAUGUUAGCGAAAGGGCUCGAACCGGAUACUCUUACUUAUAAUGCUAUUGUUAGGGGGUUGUGUAAAGAGGGGAUGGUGGAUAAGGCUUUUGAUCUUCUUAGGAAGUUGAGUUCAGGGGGUCGUAGUAAUCCGGAUAUAAUUACGUAUAAUACACUGUUACGCACGUUUUUGAGUCUCGGGAAAUGGAACGAAGGGGAGAGUUUAAUGAGUGAGAUGAUUGCUAGAGGGUAUAAGCCUAAUGUUGUUACUCAUAGUAUUUUGAUCGCGGUAUUAAGCCGUGAUGGGAGAGUUGAUGAAGCUGUGAACUUGUUGAGGUCUAUGAAAGAAAAGGGUUUAAAAGCCGAUGCAUACUGUUACGACCCGUUGAUUGCUGCUUUCUGCAGAGAGGGGAAACUAGAUUUAGCAACUGAAUUCUUGGAUAUUAUGUUAUCUGAUGGUUGCUUGCCUGAUAUUGUGAACUACAAUACAAUAAUGGCUGGUUUAUGCAGGGCAGGAAAAGCCGAUCAUGCUUUGGAAGUCUUCGAAAAACUCGAUGAAGUCGGCUGUCCUCCGAAUGUUAGUUCAUACAAUACAUUGUUCAGUGCAUUAUGGAAUUCCGGGGAUAGAUAUAGAGCCCUGGAAAUGAUUUUGAAGAUGCUUGAUCACCGAAUUGACCCCGACGAAAUAACGUAUAAUUCACUUAUUUCGUGUUUAUGCAGAGAUGGAAUGGUGGAUGAAGCUAUUGAGCUGUUGGUAGACAUGCUGAGCAGUCGGUUUCAGCCUAAUGUUGUUACGUAUAACAUUAUUCUACUUGGUUUAGGUAAAGUUAAUAGAGUUAAUGAUGCCAUCGAAGUGCUGGCAGCAAUGAAUGAAAAAGGGUGCCGGCCAAAUGAAACUAGUUACAUCUUGUUGAUUGAAGGUAUUGGUUUUUCGGGAUUACGAGCAGAGGCUAUGGAGUUGGCAAAUUCUCUUCGUAGCAUGAAUGCUAUUUCUGAAGAUUCAUUUAAACGUAUAAGUAAAGCAUUUCCUUUGGUUGAUAUUCACAAAGAUCUUAUGUAUUCAUAUGCUAAAGACUAGUUUUUGUUGUUCUGUUCCACCUUUGUGAAUAGACUGUUAUAUUUUGCCCUUUUUCCCUUUUCUGAAAGGCUUUUUAGGUAACAGAAAGCAAAUGGAAUUUUAAGAUUUGUGAAUGAUUUUUUUGUUUUGA